GCCUUUCUGCUUCCCAAACCCCCAAGGCCAAAACUCUCCAUUUCCUAGACCCUCUCAACUUUUUCAAAUUCUCACUCUUCACAUCCAUAUGGCUAACUCACCCUUUUCAUCUCCCCUCAUAGCCUUUCUCCUAACCAUCUCCUCUCUAUUCCAUCUCUCCCACUGCACCACAACAUCCAUCCACGACUUCCUCAGGCAGAACGGCCUGCCUGGUGGGCUUUUUCCGAAAGAUGUGAAAUCAUACACAAUCUCUGAAACAGGCCUGCUUGAAGUCUACCUGGACAGCCCAUGUCUAGCCAAGUUUGAUACCAUGGCUUAUUAUGAGACUGUGGUCAGAGGUAACUUGACUUAUGGUGGCCUUACAGGAGUUGAAGGGUUUAGUCAGGAGGAGCUUUUCUUGUGGCUGCCUGUUCUAGAUAUCAUUUUGGAUGAUCCUUUGUCUGGGAUUAUCUUGUUUGAUAUUGGACUUGCUCAUAAAAACCUCUCACUUUCUCUCUUUGAAGAUCCACCGGAUUGUGCGCCUCAGUCUCAGGGAAAUUUGAAUAAAUAUGGUUUUGGAAAGAGAAGGUUUGGAGAUCAACGUUAGUAGACUUUGGGCAGAAUGAUGCAUAUCGUAAUGCGUGCCACUGUUUUGAGUUUUUGUUAAUUAGAUUAGCCGGGGAACUCGUAACUCGUAAGGUGUAACACAUUUCUAAUCCGUUUUUAGCUCAGUUUCUGUUCAAACUAAUUAGAUCAUUUUCAAUA